GGCAGAUGUCAUUCCAAUGGAGUGGAGGAGACGAGAAGAAAAACACGAUUCUACGCAGAGCAUAGAAAAUUAGUCAUAUACUUUUAUAUUGCUUAAUCCAGUGUAAUAUUGACGGCUAAACGAUGCAAGGGGAUCAGCAGCAGUUCUUUAGCAGUGGUACGUCCUAUCCGCAGCAACAGCCAGGAUAUGGUAUCGGGUUUGCGCCGCAGCAGCCCGGAAUGCAGCCCGGCUUUCACCCAAGCGCGUUCGCGCCAUCGGCUGGCUCGCCGGACGGUUACUCGCCGUACGAUGCAGAAUCCGCCACGGUCAAGGGGUUCGAUUUUAACGAUCAAACCAUCCGCCGUGGCUUCAUCAAGAAGGUGUACUCCAUCUUGACCCUGCAACUAUCGAUCACGUUCGUGUUUGUUGCCUUUGUCAUGAACCAUGAGCCGACCCAGCUGUUUAUUCGCCGCAAUCCGUCACUGUUCUGGAUUGCGUUCCUGGUGAUGAUCGGCACGAUGAUUGCCAUUUCCUGCUGCGGUGAGCUGCGCCGUAAGGCGCCGGCCAAUUUCAUUUUUCUGGGAUUGUUUACCUUUGCGGAAUCUUUCUUGGUAUCGAUGGUUGCUGCGACCUACAAAUCGGAAGAGGUGCUGUUAGCAUUCGGCAUAACGGCGGCCGUCUGUCUCGGGCUCACGCUGUUCGCCUUCCAAACCAAGUGGGACUUUACGAUGAUGGGCGGCAUCCUGUUCACGGCCGUCGUGGUACUGUUCCUGUUCGGUCUGAUUGCCAUGUUUUUCCCGGGCAAAACGAUGCAAAUUGUUUACUCCUCGUGCGGUGCGCUGCUCUUCUCCUUCUAUCUGGUGUACGACACGCAGAUCAUGAUGGGCGGCAAUCACAAGUUCUCCAUCAGCCCGGAGGAGUACGUGUUUGCGGCGCUGUGUCUGUAUUUGGACGUGAUUAACAUUUUCCUUCACAUCCUCUCCAUCAUUGGGGCAUCGAGGAAUUGAAGCGCUUUCUACAUACAUUUUUUCGAAACGAUCUGUGUGUUGUUCGUUUGUGUGUGAGUAUGUUAUAAUACGAAGAUGUUUUAGGGUGGUCAGAAUGAUGGCGGUAGCGAAAGCUGUGUUUUAGGGCAUGGACUGCUAACGAACUGUAACGGUAAUGUGUACGGAGGAGCGAUUGAAACUUACACGCGGGUCUUGCACGUAAAUGACACACGACGCACACAGUUAGCUCUUUAGCCGUGAGUAUGAUUCAGUUCCGUGGCCAAUCUAUUCAACCCUGCGUGCUCCACUGUCGUACGACAGGCAGGCGGGCAGGCAGCACCGUACGCAUACCUCUCAAUAUAUCGAAAAAUGUAUUUAUCCUCCCCUUCAUGUAACGGUCACCGGUACGCGGAUGGUCUAUUCAUUGGUUCUAAUGAAGCUAUCUGCUGAAUGUGGGAAACAGUAAAAAUAAACUUUCACAACGACUUUA